AUGGUACGUCAACUUAAGAAGCUCACCGACUGCCCGGAAAAUCUCCGGGAGUCCAUCGACUGGUUGAUACAGGUUAGGCAUGGGAAUGGUGAACAUGGUCUUAAGAACUUGGCUGAAGCCUUGAAAAAGUUGAUUGGUGAUGCUAUUAAAAAUGCUAGCGAGAGUCUUAAUGAUAGACAAAAGGAACUGUUAUGCGCCGAUAAAAGUUCUGCUGGUUUGUAUGACAAUCAUUGUCAGAAGCUUCAAAAGGGAAUUGAUGAUGCCAAAAAAUCUGAAGCUGAAAUAUCUAAGCUUAAAAAAAAGAAAGCUGACCAUUACAACGAAGUUCAUUACCUUACCGAGGAUGCCAGACUAGGAGCUUUGGAUGAUAUCGAUGCCCGUCGUAUCUCUCUUGGUACGCUUGCUGGACAACUUAUGGGUUUUAUUGGCAGUGGACAGGAAGUUAAAGAUGCAUUGUUGAAGGGUUUGCACAGCAAUGUAACUCAGCUUGAAAAGCUUUUGAAUGCAUCUUGCGGAGGAGAGGGGUGUAAUUGUAAUAUUAUGAAUUUCCGUGAUGGACCUCUCAAAAAUCUUCAAAAUAAAUUUAAUGAAGUUGAUAAAAUUGAGAGAGAAAUUGAGAAGCUUAAUAAGCAAAAAGAAAUUGCUGAAAAAAGUAAGGCGUCCGGAAGGACGCCGUCCGGCAGUGGUCCUGAGAUUGAGAGGCUUGAAAAGGAAAUUCAGGAAAAUGAAGAGAAACUUCAAAAGGAAAAAAGUCUUCUUGAAGAGCAAAUUAAGAAGCUUCAAGAUGCUUUAAGUGUGCCUAAAAAGGAAAUUGAGUCUCUGAUUUCCAAGCUUCAAAAGAGUGUUGCUGAGCUUGAAAAGCAAAUUGAAGCAGAGCGUCAAAAGCAAAUUGAAGACCUUCAAAAUAAGGGAUAUAAGGAGGAAGAAGCAAAAAAAUAUGUCUCCAUUCCCUCCCAUCUUUCUAGUCAGCUUGAAACUGAGCAGGCUAAAUUGAAGUCUCAUAAGGCUUCGUUGGAGUCUCUUCAAAGUCUUGAUAAGCUUAUUACAUUUCAUCAGAGUGUUGACAGCGAUAAAAAUGGAAAAUGUAAAGAUAUUUUAGAUAAUUUGUGCACUGGCCUCGAAAAAUUUCUCGGCUACCAUGAUGGUAAUUACACUGGCAGUGGCAUCGUGUACUCGGACCUUGACAGGCUGUGCGACGGGGUGAUGGCGUUCCUUCAUGGUGUUUUAAAUGAAGUUUAUAAAAAUGAUAACCUUCAAAAAUACAAAAAUCCUUUGACUGAGCCGCUUAGAAGAAUUACUGACGAUCUCUAUAACAGAAAUAAUUUUGAUAGUAGUAUUGUCGAAGUGGGCCUUGGCGUUGAGGAAUGGUUAAGAGGUAUUAAUGCGUCAAAUGAAAAAAUUAUGACACCGUUAAAUGAACUGCAACGUACAAUUAAGGGGCACAUGUCGUCCAGAAUGGAUCGUCAAACAAUUACAGAUCAAUUGAAAAAUUGGAAAGGGAUUGCCGGCCUCUAUCUCGGGUACGUAAUGAAUUCAGAGAAGGCUGUACAAAUGAUUGAUGACAAUCUUGCAAACAAGAUAGGUCCUAAAAUGGAAUUAAUACGACAGGUGUUACAAUGCUUUUGGACGUCCGCCAACGACGGCGCCGUAACAGAUUUUGUAACGCAGCUUGAAAAUAAGUUCAGUCAUCAGCACAGUGAAGUAAAAUCAUACAUUGCGAGACAAAUAAACGAAGUGGAUAGAAUAUUGAAAGAGAAGUUUUCGAGUAUUGAGAAGAAUAUUAAUAGUCUCAGGCAAGCAAAAGAGAAGAAUAUUCAAUCCAUCAGCGAGGCCGUGGAAGCGGCCAAGGGGUUGGCGGAUACAUUGGUUGGUGAUAAGUCGAAUGGCUUUGAUACGAAUUACAGGAAUCACAUUGUUGCGAAAUUUAAUGAUAUUAAAAGUCAAAUAGAGACGUUUGUUGUAGAUGAAAGUGCCGGUAAAACUACGGCGUUUUUAACUGAAUUCUGCACUGUUCGGGAUAAAAUCAUCGGCCUGGAAGAAGAUGUACGGGAUGGGUUGGAUAUGUUGAUGAAGAAUAUUGAUGGACUUGCCGAUGAUGUGUACAGCCCUUCUACUGAGAAUGUUCUCGUAAAAGGUGCGCUUAAUAAGCUCGAGGAGGCUAAGAAUACGCUGAAUCAGAAUACUAUCCAGCCGAUUACUCAGGAGGCAGAGAAGUUGCGGGCUCAGAAUGACGAAUUUCAGGCAAGCAUCCAAAAACUUGCACAGAAGUUCCAACCCUUGAGAGAGGGCUUUUACGGGAAGGGGGGAUCCACCAAUCCAGACGAAAAUUCUCUCGCUAAGCUGAUCACAAAGUUAACGACUGCCAUUGGCAACACAGGCGACACCAAUGGUUAUGGUCUGGCAGGCGCCGUUAACGCCUUUAACACUGUCGCUAAAGCACAGAUCAAGGAGGCAGCCGAGAGAGCAAUUAAGGAGGCAAUAGGAAGAUUUCAAAUGGAAGGGAACGAUGAUGACAGCAAAAUCAAAGUACCAGAAUUGAUGCAACUCUUUGAAAAAUCUAGAAGUGCGCUUACAAUUGCCGUUCAGCAGAUUCAGGUGGAGCUUGGCGCUCUAAAAAAUAUUCCCAACACUGUCCAACAAAAUCAACAGACUGCCGAGCAGAUUAUGGACGACUUGAAAACAGAGAUCACUGGCAUAAAGGAGGCAAUUACAAAAAUAAAUGGACCAAUUAGAUUAGCCGAAUCAGCCAUUGAAUCGGCCAUUCAGACGCUCGAACAAUCGUUAAUUGAUGCGCAAAGCACUACCAACUCCGUCCUCCCGCUGCUCCGAAACAAUUUACAAGAAACCGUGAGAAAAGCCUUCGACGAAUUAGAGGACGGCGUCCAGCACAUGUUCGAUGCCCAGAAGAAAGCUGAAUUGAAUGCCAUCCAGACGUCGGUGGAUGACCAAAUUGCGAGCUUACAAAGUCUCAUUGACACAGACAUUGAUACAGGCCUGAAAGGCCUGAUGAAGAGGCUGAACGAAACGUUUGACCAACAUAACCUGCAUCCAUCUAAUACAAAGUUGCAUCUGUUUGGAGAAAAAGUCGAAGCCUUUUUAACAAAAUUCCUAGAAGAUGUUUCAUGGCAAGAAGACGUGAGUUCUCAUCGUGACCGUAUGACCCCCCUCACCUCCGCCCUGCUCCAAGUCCUCUCCACAAUGAACACCAAAGGACACUUCCACCAGGAAGUCUCCGACAAAAUCGACGCGCUCAAACGCGAACUGGACAACUUCACCCCCAAGGAAUUCGCCGAAGCCUCUCCCCUGCUCAACGUCAUAAGGCGCGGCGUCACUCGCCUCCACGAGGAGCUACGCAAGCAGUACGUCAGCAGGUACUCGGGGGCUGCGGAACGCUUUGAGUGGACUAAGAAUGUAGAUGAUGCAAAAGCUCAAGAAACAGUGCCGUCUGAUAAAGCGAUGAAAUGCGCCAAGGUUUUCAUGACGAUUAUGGAGACGCUGAAUAGUGAGCUGUAUGACUUAAGUGAGAAGUGCAAAAAUGCGCAAUUCCAAAAUAUCUUUGCACAAUACACGAAAGGCAAAAAUCCACUCGGCGCAUUCCUUGAAAAUUGCGGUUACCUUGUUUCCAUGUCGUUUAAUACCUAUGAGGGGGAACUGAGGAAUAAUGAUAAGUGCAAUGGAAUCGAAAUAUAUAAGAAUUUGUUAACCAAUAAAAUUGAGAAUGCUUCCCAAAUUGAUUUCUUAAAGAAGUGGAAGACAGAAAGUAUUGCUAGGAAAAUUGAUUUCAGUAACCCCAAAGCUGACGAAAUCACUGUCCUCGACAUUCUUACCUUCUUGAUCGGCUCCGUUAGAACAUAUUACGAAGUCGCUCACCAUAAGUAUAUCCCUGGCGCAAAAGCACCUCUAAACGUCUAUCAAAUGGUUUGCUGGCUUAGAGGUUUGCGUUACAAUCCGAUGUUCAACAAGAUUAAUGAUCACGUCAUGGGACUGUUCCCGAAGCCUGAGGAAGGGAAGGAUGGAGAUCCCUCUGCUUACAAAAUGGAAACCUCUGAGGCCACCAUCACUGCAGCCGACGUACAGAGCAAAAUCCGCAAUGUCAGUUAUCUCUCCAAAAGAGUACUUGUAGCCAUCAUGGGACAUGGUCACGCUGAUGGCCGUUAUGCCUGUGACUUUUAUACAAACACAGAUGAAUUAUUGUAUCCUAGUAGUGCCGGUAUAUGUUUCGACAUGUUAGUCGAUGUAUUAAAUAGAAUAUAUCACCAAUUCCGUUUCCUAUAUACCCAGUGCAAUAACGGUCCUGAUAGUAGCGGUUGGAAGCAGUGUUGGUAUGGUCACGGAGUCGGCGGAUCAGCAUGGAACUGCAACGCUGACCAAUGUCCCAACCAAAUGGGCAACCAACCAUGUAACCAAAAGUGUGGCCAAACGGGUAACCAACACCCGAAGUGCGGUGUAAAAUCGCCACUCCAAUCAUACUUGGAAGACGGCUUGCCGGGCUUCCUCCCUCAUUCAUUUAGCAGUCCCGGGUGUAAGCUAACGUGUACAAUGCGUGAUCACUUCGGUAAACCGUGCCUAACUCCCAUGGGUUUCAAUAACCUUGGUAUCGAGGCGUCGCAUAUCAAAAAAGGCGAACAUCUUUUUCUCACGCUAUACGUUUUAUGUGGCAGGCAUAACUCAGUACUCACUAGGCUGUGUGAUAUGCUUAGCUGCCUGCUACGCAAAACACCUCAGAGUCUCGGUGAUAUUUUUGCGUUCUACCAUAAAUUCCUUCAGAAUUAUAGUGGCUUGGGAACGAAGCAUAGAAAGACAGCAUUUGAUGAUGCCGUUAAAAAAGCAAACUUCGGAGAUACCAAUACACAAUUAAACAUCGCUCCCAUCCAAGUCAGCAAGAUCCACUCUGACAAACAUGACAAAGGAGACCUCUACAGCCUUGUUGAAUGUAAUACAUCCAAGACCUCCACAAGUCCAGCCGUUCCAUGCGGAUCAUACUUGCAGCCGCUUACCUUGGAUAUCAGAGCAAUGUCUACCGAAAAGCACGCUGAGAUAUUCUGUGCUUUGCUUAUGAAAUUGCUAGAUGAGUGUUGCAAAAACUGCAAUACUCCCGGUUCCAGAUGCCACGACAGAAGCUGUGGCAACAGGUGCCCAGUAAAGUUGGCAUAUGAAUCCAAGGAUAACACUAAAAAAUUCACAGAUCAAAGUCACGCGGCAGAAUGCCAUUCCAUUGUAAUAUGUCAAAAAACUCAUCCGACUCUCUACGCAUACGGUUUUACGUUUGAGAGCCCACACAAACUCAGCGGUAGAACAGACAUUAAAACGAGGCGCACGUGCAGAGAUUUUUGCAGAGCCUUAGAAAGCGUACUCGGAAAAGACUCCGUACUUAUUGAACUACUGAAACAAAUUGACAAUUUCCUUUUGGCAAUAAGGAAAAACUUUAUGAUAACGUUGUUAGCCCUCUGGUCGCUGUCGCUCCUGUACCUGCUGCACAUCACCGUCGUCCGCCUCGACGUGCUUAGGAUACGCUCCCACCUGAGAUCGCCCUCAAGCCACCGCAUCGCCGCGCAGUCCCUCCUCGCCGCCGCACGCGUCAAGGCACUCGCCAACGUCAAGUACUUCUCACCAUAA